ACAGUCCCCUUCGAGUUACGCCCAUUCUAUGCUAGCUGAAGUGGUGAGAUUUACUCCGAAAAUUGGGAUUAAUUCACUCGCUUUUCUCCUCCAUAUUUCACCAGAAGUUGGCAGGCUUAACCUUCGUCGGUCAAGAUAUUCCAUCAGAUUGAGCUUGAGAGUUUAUUUUUGGUGAAAAGUGAGAAAAUUUCAAGAUGCCUAAAGUGCUAAAUGUUCGUGUCACGACCAUGGAUGCCGAGUUGGAGUUCGCAAUUCAACCAAGUACGACGGGAAAACAGCUCUUCGAUCAGGUUGUAAAGACCAUCGGUUUACGUGAGAUUUGGUUUUUUGGGCUACAGUACACCGACACUAAAGGGUUUGAAACAUGGCUGAAGCUAAAUAAGAAGGUUCAAAGUCAGGAUGUCAAGAAAGAAUCGCCACUUCAGUUUAAGUUCCGGGCCAAAUUUUUCCCCGAAGAUGUGUCUGAGGAACUCAUCCAAGAAGUCACAAGGAGGCUGUUCUUCUUGCAAGUAAAGGAGGACCUCCUCACAGAGAAGACCUUCGUUCCAGCUGAAACUGCAGUUCUGUUGGCCUCCUAUGCUCUACAAGCUAAACAUGGACCAUGCAAUAAAGAAAUUCACACCCCUGAAUCUUUGAAAAAUGAGAGACUAGUGCCUGAAAGAUUUAUAACUAACAAGUUAAUAGAUGAUGUUCCUGGUAGAUGCUUGAUUUGGUGGGCUGAACACGAACAUAUGGCAAGAGAGGAGGCAAUGAUCGAGUAUCUUAAAGGUGCACAGGACCUAGAAAUGUAUGGAGUAAACUACUUUGAAAUCAAGAAUAAGAGAGGCACAGAACUACACCUUGGAGUGGAUGCCUUGGGUUUGAAUAUAUAUGAAAAAGAAGACAAGCUAACACCAAAGAUUGGAUUUCCUUGGAGUGAGAUCAGAAACAUCUCCUUUAAUGACAAGAAAUUUAUCAUCAAACCUAUUGACAAAAAAGCACCGGACUUUGUUUUCUACGCUCAACGCUUGAGAAUAAACAAGCGAAUUUUGGCUCUCUGUAUGGGUAACCAUGAACUCUACAUGAGGCGUAGGAAACCUGACACAAUUGAAGUACAGCAAAUGAAAUCACAAGCAAUGGAGGAGAGGCAAUCAAGAUUGAAGCAAAGUCAAAAGCUGGAGAAGGAGAAGGCUGCUCGUGAAAAAGCAGAGGCUGAAAGAAAAAGAUUAGAGGAAGAGAUAGCUCUCUUGAAAGCUUCACAGGAAAAACAAGCAAGAGAAAAGAGAGAGGCUGAAGAAAAAGCUGCAGAAUUGGCAAAGAAAAAAGAAGAGCUUGAGGAAGAAACUCGAAAACAAGAAGAAGAAACCAGACGACAAAGAGAAGAAAUUGAGGCAAUAAAAAGGAGAACAGCUGAAGAUGAAGCAGAGAAGGAGAAGUUGGCCAGGGAAGUAGAGGACCGGGAAUUAAAAUUAAGAGAGUUAGAGGAAGAGGAGAGAAAGGCAAAAGAAGAACAGGAGCGGGUUCAAAAAGAGCUUGAGGAUCAAAUGGAAGAGAACAGGAAGCUUCAGGAACAAGCAGUUUCAUUGCAAGAGAAAGUAAUGGUACAAGAAAAAGUAGAAAUGGAAGAGCAACAGACAGCUCUUGAAGCUGAACUCAGUUUGGAGGGCAUUGAAGGAGACAGAUCUGAAGAGGACCGAUUAACAGAAGCUGAAAAGAAUGAGCGACAGAGGAAAAUGCUUCUGGAACUUCAAGCAGAUCUUGAAAAAGAUAAAGAAAGCAGGAUGUUAAGUAAUUAUGACAAACUCCACAUGCAAAACCAAAAAGAAGGAAGAGACAAAUAUAAGACACUGAAGCAGAUAAGGCAAGGAAACACUAAGCAAAGGGUUGACGAGUUUGAAGCUAUGUAAAGUUGGGGCCAAAAUGAUGCAGCCACUGCUAACUAAGGUGCAGUCAAUAUUGGCGAUUUCAAAGGGAGUCCCUCUCAGUUUUACCUGAACCACUCACUACAACUUUAAUCCAAUGAAUAAUGAUUAUUUUGCACAUGCAAAGAAUUUGAUAUUGUCUUAAUUAGUUAAUUUUUGUAUUAUGUCAGAAAGAGAUAUCAUAAUUAUGCUGAAUAGUGUUUUCUUUGCAUUAGUAGAAAUAGUUUCCCACUCGUGUGAGGCCAUCAAUGAAAAGUGACCUUACCAGGCAAGGGUUGACAUACCAUGUUCCUUGUCUCAUUUCAAACUGCAGUGCCUUGUCAGUGCCAUGUUGUUAGUUGGCCCUUAUAGCAUGCUUCAACAACGUUGACACAUUUCAAGUGCAUUCACAACUUCAUACUAUGUUUGCUUGUCCGAUUUUAUCUCAGCUGGGUGUUAUUUUGUGAUGGCUUGUAUUGUUCUGGAUUAGUAGGGUAUUUUUUUUUCAAACUUGUAAAGAAGGCAUAUUGUAGUAUCCCUUUUGUAUGAUUGAGUGAAACUCGUUACAUUGUACACUUGGUUUAUGAUUUGAGGUCCUGUCUUUCAAUCCAGUGCUGUCAUGUUGCCGUUGUUAACACUAUUUCAUUCGACUCCUUCGUUGUACAACGUGAGAUUUUGCUUUAUGCCAAACCAUUCGAGUACAAGUAAUAGUUGUUGAUUCAGUCUGUAACAGACCAGUUAACAGUAAGAUGACCUGUAGUAUUUUACAGGCAGUAAAGAUAUGAGCGAUCACCUUUUCUUAGUAAAUAUGUAGCUAUUUUUCUGCAUUAUUACCAAGUGAAGCCCCGACUUCCGUGGGCAAGAAGUACAUACUGGAGUACUUUUGGCAUUGUGAUAAAAAGUAAUCAAUUUAAAUAAAAUCAACAUCUACCUCUAAA